AAAAAUUAAUUCCUAUUCUGAGAAAACAAAGAGGAGAUCGCACCCCCAGCAAGUCAGCAACCGUGACGACAAGCAUUACCGCCAUUACGGAAGCAAGAGAGAGCAUCAGCUGAUAAUGGAGGAGAAAGGCAAAGGGAGUGAGAGAUGGACGGCUGCGAUCGCGAAUUUCUCAGAGAUGGCAGGCAAUCUUGACUCCCUGCAAAAACUGCUUAUCAAGAAAGCGGUCUAUGUCGACGAAGACACAUACUCAAAAGCCUAUCUCAUCUCCGAACAAGCCCGAACCAUCAAGGUUCUUGAGCAGAGAGUUGAGACUUUAGAACGGGAACUAGAUUCUGCCAUUUCAGCUGCUGCUCGUGCACGGACAGAGAAACGACAAGCAGAGGCAGCUCAGAAGGCUGCAGAACUACAGGCACAAGAGAUCACAAAAGAGCUUGAAAAUACCACAAAAGUUUUUGCACUGCACAUGGAAGAGUUACGUGCAAAGCAGGACGAGAUUGCAAAGCGUGAUAAAGAAAUCAAACUCCUCGAGGCCAUAAUUCAGACUCUCGGGGGCAGGGAUUCACACUCCAUAGAUGAUUAGAAUUGGUUUUCCCCUAUAACAUAACAUCAUGUAUCUUCCCAUUAUUGUGUAUUGCAAAGAUUCUUUCAAAGCUGAUUCUUUUCUGUAAUACUCAAUAGUCCUUGCCUUCCUU